AUGGCUAUUAUGCAAAAUAGCUUGAAAACUUUGAAUAAUUCUAUCAAAAAAAUAAAAAAUAUUGAUUUAUUUAAGCAUAAAAACGAUUUCUACGUAAAGUAUAAAGAAUUGAACAAAAUAUCUGACAGAGAAAUAGAUAAAGAAAGAAUUCUAUUAAGAAGUUAUUUGUUCAAAAAAAAAGAAGAAUACUUAAAUGAAAAAGAUAUAAGUAAAAUACUUAAUAAAAUUAUAAAAAAAAAAAUUAAAAAUGAAUAUAUAUGGAAUAUUAUAAAAAAUUUGAUUUUCAAAUUUAAUUUGAAAUGUGUAAAUGAUUCCUCUUUGUAUAAUGAGAAAAAUAACGAUUACUUAACUUAUGAAAACGAAGAAUUAUUUUAUUAUAAUAAAAAUUUUGAUCAUGUAAAUGUGUAUUUACUAGCAAUAGCAAUACAAAUUUUAAAUAAAAAAAAUGCUAACUUAUUUAACUUCCUUUUUUUUUACUUAAAAUAUUUUUGCACAAAUAUAGAACCAAGACACUUUCUUCAUAUAUUUUUAAUAUUAGUGAAAAACACUUAUCGUGAUAUCAAUAAUUUAAGUAAAAGUAUAUUACUUGAAGAAGUAAAUAAAUUUAAUAAUGAUAAUGAUAGUAAUAAUAGAGGUAAUACUAUUUUAAGUGAUUCUCAUACUAUUAAAGAAGAAUAUGUAGAUAAAAUAAUUUGUUCUCAAAAAAAUUUUAUCGAGAUUUUAAGUAAGUAUUGUAUUUAUAAAAUAAAUUUUUUUUCUUUUAAUGAUAUUAGCUUGGUUUGUGAAGCACUUUGCUAUUUUUCACUAAAAGAAAAUCCUUUUUCCGACUAUUGGAAUACCUUCCUUUUUUAUAUAUUUGAAAUAAAUACGAAAAAUGAAAGAAUAAAUGAAUUUGAAGAAAAAAAUAAGAAUAAUUUAUUAUGUACAAGAAAUAAUUUUUUAAAAAAAAAAUAUGAGCAUUCGGGAUUAUUCAUGAAAAAAAAAAUAAAAACAUAUGAACAAAACAAGGAUUAUUAUAAUAAAUAUAUAGAAUUAAAUGGAAGAAAUAUAUUAAGUAUUCUUAAAUAUAUUCACAAUUAUUAUAGUGUAUAUCCUCAAAUAAAAAUUUUAGCAAAAAAAAUAAAAAGUAUUUUUUUGAAAAUAAAUUUUGAUGUAACUUUAUAUGAGUGCUCAGAAAUUUUAUAUUAUUUCAAUUCUUUAAAUGAACUAAAUAUAAAGAUUCUAAAAGAUAAAAUAAACAUAUACGAAUAUCAAUUUAAAGAUGUAUUUUUAAGCUUCUAUGAUUUAAACUGUUUAUUAAAAAUAUCCGAAUUAUACCAUAAAUAUAGUAAUCACAUACCUUUUCUAAAUAUCUUUUUACAUAAUAUACAUAAGUUUUCAAUAGAAAAUGUUUCAAUAAUAUUUAAGUUAAUAUUUAAAAAUUAUGAAUAUAAUUUGCAUAGUGAAUUAGAAUAUAAUAGUAAUAUAAGUAAAACUUAUUUAAGCAAUAAUAAUGAUACCUAUUAUAAUUGCACCUAUAAUUUUAGUUUCAUAAAUAAUAUUUUUUUAUAUAGUAGUAAUUUUUCUUAUACUCAUGAAAAUAAUAAUGUAAAUUGUUUUAAACAAAAUUAUAAAAAAAAUAAAUGCAAGAAUAAUGAAGUUGAAAUAAAUAAUUUGAAUUCUCCUAAUUAUUUUAGCUUAUUCUAUUUUAAUAAAAAUGAUUUAAAUUAUUUACAUAAAAGUGAUUAUUCUAUAAAUAAAGAAAACUUAUCUACAGGCUAUAGUUGUAGUGAAUUCAUAUUAAAUAAAAGAGAAAUUAAACAUAGAUGGGAUUAUAUUAAUGAUAUUAAUAAUGGUAAUUUAUUAAAAGGUAUAUGCACUUUAUUAUCAUCUUUUAGUGAAAUCAUAGAAAAUUUUUCUUAUAAAGAAAUUUUUUUUUUAUGUGAAAUUUUGAAUAAACAGGAAUAUGUACAUAACUCUAUCCUAGUUGCAAUAAAUAACAGAAUAUGUAAAGACUUAGAAAAAUAUUCUAUUAUCUCCUCUUCUUAUUUAGACUACAUAUUUUUUAUUGCUUGCUUUAUAUAUAGCAAUGAAUUUAAAGAAGAAAGACUAAUAAAUUAUUUAAUAAAUUUUUUUUUAAAUAAACAAGCAAUUUCUUUAAAACAUAAAUAUCAUUUUAUCUUUUAUUUAUUAAUUCUAAAAAAAGGCAUUAUUUCUGUAGAGUACUCCAAUUUAAUAAUUAAAAAUGUAACAUUAUUUAAUUAUCCUACUUUAUAUGAAUAUAUUUUAAUUUAUUUUUUAAAAAGCUCUAAAAAUAAUUAUAAAUUAUUAUUAAAUAAAAACAAAAUAAAAAAAAGGAAAUGCAUGGAAGUAUCUUCAUGUAAACAUAUUAUAGCAAAUAGUAUUCUUAAUACUUCUUAUUUUGAAAAUAUUCAUAUAUUUAACGAAAAUUAUUUCAACAGAGAACUACUUAAAAUAUUUUUAUAUCUAUGGUCAAUUACUAUCUCAAGACCUGGUAGAAAAUUCAUUGAUUUAAUAGUUAUAUUAAAUAAAUUUUUUGAUGAUAAAAGUGUACGAGAUUAUCUAUUCAAUAAAGUUAUAACUAAAAAAAUAGAACGGUAUGCAAGAUUAGUGAAAUAUAAAAAAAAUAAAAAAUAUGUAAUUCUUUGUAAUGAUCCAAUAAAAAAAGAGUACAUUACUUUUGAUAUAGAAAAAUUCCAUUUAUUAAACGGAAAUAUUUCCCCAAAACAAAGUAUCCCAGAAAAUAAAACUGAUGAGAAAUUAAAAAUAAAAGAUAGUAUUAAUUACAUAUUAAAUGACUAUAAAUAUAAGAAAGAUAUAGUGAUUAAGAAAGAUAUAAAAAAUUCAAAACCAGCAAAAUAUUUAAAAAAUCACAAAAAGGGAUCUCCUGUACAACAUUUUUUAUCUCUAUAUUAUGAAUAA